AUGAAAUUUCUCCAAAUUUUAAGAAAAGCCGCAGCUUCACCGGAAAACCGGCGCAGAUUUGCUUCAAUUCCAGCCGACGCCCGCUGUUUCUCGAAUCAAUGCCUCUCUCACUCUUCCAAUACCUCGUCGUUCGGCAUUUCUUUCGACAUUGAUGGAGUGAUCCUUCGAGGCGAGACUCCCAUAGGAGGCUCGCCGCAGGCUUUGAGAAGAUUGUAUGAUGAUUCUGGUGCCUUGAGAAUUCCCUAUGUUUUCUUGACUAAUGGAGGAGGUGUUCCUGAAUCUAGCAGAGCAGCAGAGUUGAGCAAAUUAUUGAAUGUCCAUAUUUCACCUGUCCAGGUUUUACAAGGACAUUCACCUUUCAAGCCGCUAGCAAAAAGAUUUGAAGAUGAUCUUGUUAUCGCCGUUGGAAAAGGAGAACCUGCAAUGGUGAUGUCUGAAUAUGGUUUUAGGAAUGUUCUCUCUAUAGAUGAAUAUGCGUUGUAUUUCAAACACAUUGAUCCAUUGGAGAAAUAUAAGAUUUGGGCAAAACAGCAAGCUGGUUAUGACAAAAGCUCUUCUGGAGAAAUAGAUAGGAAAAAUGAUCGGUGCUUUCAGCGAGUGCAAGCUGUCUUCAUAGUUAGUGAUUCCGUCGAUUGGAGCAGGGACAUCCAGGUAUUGUGUGACAUCUUGAGCACUGGAGGUCAUCCCGGCAGAGAGAUUGCAAGACAACCCUCACUCUACUUCGCAAAUGACGACCUUUCCUAUCAAGGUCUGUUUCCAACUGAACGCCUUGGCAUGGGUGCUUUCAGAAUUGCAUUAGAAUCUAUUUACAAUAGCAUUUAUCCAAAUUUUCUGGAGUACACAUCUUAUGGAAAACCAAACCCUUCCGUAUUCAGGAAUGCUGAAAAUGUGCUGAUGCAAGAAGUCCAUUCACACAUAAGGCCCCCAGUUGAUGGAGAAUAUCCUUUCAAAACCUUGUACAUGAUAGGGGAUAAUCCCUCGGUUGACAUAAGAGGGGCUCAGCAGGCAGGACAACCUUGGUUCUCGAUCUUGACCAGGUCUGGGGUUUUUAAAGGGAAGGAUAAUCACCCAUUGUAUCCGGCAGAUCUGGUUGUUGAUACUGUCGAAGAGGCGGUUGAUUUCAUUUUGCGGAAGGAGGCAUUUCAAACUGAUUGA